AUGUUCUACUCGCAUGAGAUUCUCGGAAAUCCCCAGCACGGCGUUGCCACUGUGUGGCUCGUCGCCAAUUCCUCCAACAAUGGCAACGGCCGACAGCUGCAUCGCAAGAUCAUCGAGAAAGUAAACGUCCCUCAGGCCUGCGACACUAUAGAGAAGCCUCCUGGUGCGCCUAUUGCACUGCGUCUACAAGGAAGCCUCCUGUAUGGAGUCUCUGGCGUUUUUAACAAGCACAGUACAUACCUCCUCACUGAUGUUGAGAAGGUAUGCGGGCAAAUUCGGGCAAGCCUCUGCAAAAGCCAGAAGGCAUCUCAGAACGCGAUCGAUCCCAAGGCUGGGAAGGCCAAGCGCCAUCAACUGAUGCUGGGAGACGACCCCGACUUCGUCCCAGACCCAUCUCUGCCUACUUUGGAAUUCGACAAGUACGGAGACCUUGUCAUUCCUGGCCUUCAAACCAAUCUGCGGCCCAAGUACCUUUCCCAAGAUUUCGCGAUUUCGCCCGCCGAUCAGAGCAGCGCUUCUACAGCCAAUACACCUUUCAUCAACUUGAACAUCCUACGCACGCCGAGCCAGAGAAGCAUCAACCUCGCCUCGCCUGUCGGAAAGGGAAAGCAGGUUCUCAGAGAUGGCCGCUCCUUCCUUGGAGACUUCGACUUCGGCUUCGACGAGGACAUAGCACCCGAGCCCCCUAUCCAAAUCGACUCGGACGGCAACAUCAUCGAGAUGCCUGAGCCUGAGCUACCUGCCUACCCCUCAGACAUUAAACCAUUCUCCUCCCCGUCCGGUAUACACUCACCUGGUGUAUACAAAAAGCUCAGACUUGCACAGCCUGCUAAACAGACGCCGACAAGACAGCCGCGUGCCAACCAAACGCGCGGAGAUGACGCGUUUUUCGUGGACGAUGACGGCCUGACUCCGAUGUACGACGACGUGCCAGAGGAAAUUCCCAUCAUGGACGGAGCCACAAACAACAACGCUCAGUCUGGAGACAUCGUGUCUCGGCACCGUUCUCCGUGCAAUGAGCCCAUGAGCUCCCAGUCUGCCCACGCCACGCAGCCAAAGGAGAAGAAACGCAAGCCCCGCGAGCCCAAGCUCAUUACUGCAGAUGUUGAGACCCAAGUCAGGAAAACUGAGUUCAAGAGUUGGUCCGAUGACUAUGUCGCCCGAAUGGUGGAGGGCCACGUGAAACAAGACAAAGCCAAAUUUCAGAAAGGCACCACUUUCAAGGCGAGGAACACGAUGUUUGACGCUGGCAUUGGAGGAGUUGGUAGCAUCACCAGUCGUAUGGGUAGAGGCUAUGAGCUCGCUGAGUUCUUGUCUGGCGACAGGCUCAUGGAACUCGUACUCGGUGACACUCUGGACGCGAUCAAACGGAAGGUCGAGAAGGAGAUCGAGAAGGAGAGACAAGGCGGACGCCAGCGCCGCAGCGCCUCUCUUGCGUUCACCUCAGAUGAGGAGGAUAAGAAUGGCAAGAGCCGCCGCGUCCGGCUUCGGGCGGACGAUGGCAACCAAGGCCUGGAGCCAGACCAGCAGCAUGGCCGCGGUCAACCAGAGAAGGGUCUGGCUGACUCGUAUGCUGUACUCAUGGAUGAUGAGCUUCCCGAGAUGGGCCGAAAGCAUCUUGGGUCAGCCUUGUCUGACAAACGUCUCUCUGUCAAUGUUCCAUGGAACCGACCCUCUUCCACUGGCCUUACCUCUGCGGCCAAUUACAAGAAAUGCAAAGUCGGGAGUCAUACAGUCGACAACAGCCCACUUGAUCGUCAAACCGCCGUCAACCACCAGUCAACCAUUCAUUUGAGCGAUAGCGCCAUGCCUGUCUCCAGAGCAGGCCGUCUGAUUCCGUCGCAGCAGGUCGACACGUUCAGCCCUUUUUCAUACAACGAGUUCGGACUUGCGGUUGGUGUGUCUCCUCAGGAGACGAACACGAGCCAGUCGAUGCCAACGGAGCUUGACGGAGAGUCGCAAAACUUUCUUGCUUACGUGAAGCGCGUUGCGGCCGAUCGUGGUGAAGAGGAUGACUACAAGAACCAGCGCUGGAUCGAGUUUGAUGAUCUGAUGGAGGUGCAGGACAAGACGAAGGAAGUGGCCGCGCAGGCCUUUUUCCAGGUACUCAAGUUGGCUGGAAAAGGACAAAUUCAGGUCAACCAGGAGAGAUCGAUUAUUCACAUCGGUGUGAAGGACCGCGUCCAAGAGGUCCAUCUCGCCAACGAGACUGAGGACCACGCCAGGAUCGAGAGCUCUAUCGUCGAGGUACAGGACGGCCACGAGGUUCAGAGCCAAGAGAUCCAAGGAGUUGUCUUCCACAGCGAGGGGCAUCAGGAGUAA